CCUCCCUCCGCUUCGCUCUCCACUCUUUCUACUUCUACGUCGAGGCCGAGAUCCGGAGAUGGAUCGCGAGCGACGUGGAUCUCCCACCGAGCCCUUCUUCUUCUUCUUCUUCUUCUUCGAUCCAAGGUCCGAGGCUGUGAUUUCAAAACAUCAGAUCUGGCGUUCUUUUCCUUUGUUAGAGAUCGAGGUUAGGUCGGUGCAAGGAAGAGACGGUGAAAGAUGCUUCGGCUGCGGGCGUUUCGCCAGACCAACGGCAAGAUCGUCAAGAUCCAGCUUCACCCCACCUAUCCCUGGCUUGUCACCGCCGACAACUCCGACCACGUCUCCGUCUGGAAUUGGGAGCACCGCCAGGUGAUAUAUGAGCUGAAGGCCGGCGGCGUCGAUGAGCGGCGCUUGGUUGGGACGAAGCUGGAGAAGCUCGCCGAAGGAGAAACUGAGUUCAGAGGAAAACCUACAGAGGCUAUACGUGGAGGAAGUGUGAAGCAAGUUGGUUUCUAUGAUGAUGAUGUGCGGUUCUGGCAACACUGGCGGAAUCGCUCUGCAGCUGCUGAAGCACCAUCUGCUGCCAAUCAACAAUCCUCAGCUUUUAGUUCACCUAUUCCAUCCACUAGAGGAAGACAUUUUAUCGUCAUUUGCUGUGAGAACAAAGCCAUAUUUUUGGAUUUGGUUACUAUGCGAGGGCGUGAUGUUCCUAAGCAAGAGCUCGAUAACAGGUCUCUUCUAUGUAUGGAGUUUCUUUCCAGAUCUGCUACUGGUGAUGGCCCACUUGUUGCUUUUGGUGGAUCAGAUGGUGUAAUAAGAGUUCUGUCAAUGAUAACAUGGAAGCUUGUCCGUAGGUAUACUGGUGGCCAUAAAGGAUCGAUCACUUGCUUGAUGACAUUUAUUUCAUCUAGUGGCGAGGUAUUCCUAGUUUCUGGGGCAAGUGAUGGUCUGCUUAUAAUAUGGAGUGCAGACCAUAUCCAUGAUUCACGUGAACUUGUGCCCAAGCUUAGUUUAAAGGCACAUGAUGGAGGGGUGGUGGCUGUUGAGCUUUCAAGGGUGAUGGGAAGUGCACCUCAACUCAUCACUAUUGGUGCUGAUAAAACUUUAGUUAUAUGGGACAGUAUCUCAUUCAGGGAACUUAGGCGUAUAAAACCAGUUCCAAAACUUGCUUGUCAUAGUGUGGCAUCUUGGUGCCAUCCCCGCGCUCCAAACCUUGAUAUUCUUACUUGUGUUAAAGAUUCUCAUAUCUGGGCUAUCGAGCAUCCAACUUAUUCAGCUUUGACGAGACCAUUGUGUGAAUUAUCAUCACUUAUUCCUUCACAAGUGCUUGCAUCAAAUAAGAAACUCAGGGUGUACUGCAUGGUUGUACAUCCAUUGCAACCACAUCUUGUGGCUACAGGAACCAAUAUUGGUGUUAUUUUAAGUGAACUCGAUGCACGGGCUCUUCCAGCUGUAGCUGCUCUACCGACACCACCUGGUGGCAGAGAACAUUCUGCUGUGUACACAGUUGAAAGAGAGCUCAAGUUAUUAAACUUUCAACUGACUAAUACUACUAAUACAUCUCUUGGGAGCACUGGCACCAUUUCUGAAACUGGAAAAUCCAGGAUGGAAACUGAACAAUUGCUUGUUAAGCAGACAAAGAAGCAUAUCAGCACUCCUGCUCCACAUGAUUCAUUUUCUAUUCUCUCCAUAAGCUGUUCUGGAAAGUAUGUAGCAAUCGUACAGCCCGAUAUUCCUUCGUUUUAUGUGUACAAGGCCAGUGAUUGGUCAGUUGUUGAUUCAGGGACUGGAAGACUUUUCGCUUGGGAUACAUGUGGUGACAGAUAUGCUUUAGCAGAAACUUCAUUGCCUCCUCGAAUACCAAUUAUUAAAGGGGGUUCAUCUAAAAAAGCAAAAGAAGCUGCAGCUGCUGCUGCAGCUGCUCAAGCUGCUGCAGCAGCUGCUAGUGCAGCUUCUGCAGCAACUGUACAAGUGCGUAUUCUUCUGGAUGAUGGGACUUCACAUGUCAUGACAAGGUCUAUUGAAGGUCGUAGUGAUCCAGUAAUUGGAUUGCAUGGUGGUGCAUUGCUUGGUGUUGCAUAUCGAACAUCACGGAGGAUCAGCCCUAUGGCUGCAACUGCUUAUUCAACUCAGUCAAUGUCGUCUUUUGGUGCAGCUGAUGAUCCUUUUUCUUCCAAAAAACCUGCUGUGGGUGCUGCACCUCAGAACUUCCAGCUAUACAGUUGGGAGACCUACCAGCCUGUGAGUGGCCUUCUCUCCCAGCCAGAGUGGACUGCAUGGGAUCGAACUGUUGAAUAUUGUGCCUUUGCUUAUCAUCAAUACAUUGUUAUAUCUUCCUUGCGCCCUCAGUUUAGAUAUCUGGGAGAUGUGGCAAUUCCCUUUGCUACUUGUGCUGUCUGGCAUCGCAGGCAGCUUUUUGUUGCUACCCCAACUACAAUUGAAUGUGUUUUUGUAGAUGCUGGAGUUGCACCAAUUGAUCUGGAAACCAAGAGAAAGAAGGAGGAAAUGAAAGCCCAAGAAGCUCAAAGUAGGGCAUUUGCUGAGCAUGGAGAGUUGGCACUUAUUGCAGUUGAUAGCCCACAAGUUGCCACAAGUGAUCGAAUCUCCUUAAGGCCCCCAACGCUUCAGGUAGUUCGAUUAGCCUCAUUUCAGGAUGCUCCUUCUAUACCACCAUUCAUAACAUUGCCCAAGCAGCACAAAGUAGAUGGGGAAGAUACAGUGUUGCCAAAAGAGAUGGAAGAAAAAAAAGUGAAUGAAGUUGCUGUCGCUGGAGGAGGUGUAUCUGUAGCAGCUACUCGUUUUCCUCCAGAACAGAAACGCCCCAUAGGGCCUCUUGUUGUGGUUGGAGUUAGAGAUGGGGUUCUUUGGCUUAUUGACAGGUAUAUGUGUGCACAUGCCUUGUCUCUCAGCCAUCCAGGUAUUCGUUGCCGGUGUCUUGCUGCAUAUGGAGAUGCAGUGAGUGCAGUGAAAUGGGCAACCAGGCUUAGUCGUGAGCAUCAUGAUGAUUUGGCUCAGUUCAUGCUUGGGAUGGGAUAUGCGACAGAAGCUCUUCAUCUGCCUGGAAUAUCCAAGAGGUUAGAGUUUGAAUUGGCCAUGCAGAGCAAUGACUUAAAGAGAGCCUUGCAGUGCUUGUUGACGAUGAGCAAUAGCAGGGAUGUUGGUCAAGAAACUACUGCUGCAGAUAUCACUGAGAUUCUCAGUCUCACUGCUGUUAAGCAGGAAAAUCUUGUGGAUGCUGUCCAGGGUAUAGCAAAGUUUGCUAAGGAAUUUUUGGACCUUAUUGAUGCUGCAGAUGCCACAGGACAAGCUGAUAUUGCUCGUGAAGCUCUGAAAAGGCUGGCUUCUGCUGGAUCUGUGAAGGGUGCUUUGCAAGGUCAAGUUUUGAGAGGGCUUGCACUACGGCUUGCAAAUCAUGGAGAGCUGACCAGACUUUCAGGGUUGAUAACUAAUCUGAUCGUGGCCGGUCAUGGCCAAGAAGCUGCAUUUUCUGCAGCAGUUUUGGGAGAUAAUGCCCUAAUGGAGAAAGCGUGGCUGGACACUGGGAUGCUUGCAGAGGCUGUACUCCAUGCUCAUGCCCAUGGUCGCCCGACAAUGAGGAACUUGGUCCAGGCCUGGAACAAGAUGCUACAGAAGGAACUCGAUCACACGCCCGUUGUUAAAACUGAUGCAGCUGCAGCAUUUUUGGCCUCACUCGAGGAACCAAAGUUUACGAGCCUAGCAGAAGCCGGCAAGAAGCCUCCCAUAGAAAUACUUCCUCCUGGGAUGGCAUCUCUUUCGGCUCCUCCCAUCACGAUUGGUAAAAAGCCGGCCGCUACUGCCACUACUUCUGCCACCGCUUUGCAGGGUCCCUCCGCAGCAGCACAGACUCCUCCACCUGCUCCAAUCCAGAGCGACCCUACUACCACGCCCGACACGUCAAACUCUCAAACAGAGAAGCCGCUUAUGUUGGAAGCGCCUCCACCAGUUGAUCGAUCGGAUGAUAAACCGCUAGCAUUGGAAGCACCUCCACCAGUUGAUCAAUCGGAUGGCACCCGAGAUAAACUGCUAGCAUUGGAAGCACCUCCACCGGUUGAUCAAUCGGAUGGCACCCCUCCGACUGCAGAGCAAGUUGAUGAAUCAGAUGGCACCCCUCCGAUUGCAGAGCAAGUUGAUGAAUCAGACGGCACCCCUCCGGUCGUAGAGUCGGUGAACAGCCCAAGUGGUUCCCCAGAAAUUACCGAGUCACCUCCCCCAACGGAGACGGUGUCACACACUACGAGCGCCCAGAUCCCCCAAGUCGAUGCAGAUGGGACGGUGGGCUAGACGGAGAGAUCGUUACUCCUUUAUAUAAUAAUUGUUUUUGAGAUAAAUAGGAUUACAGAAUCCAGGAAAUGCAUGCAGCCUCUAAGGUCCGUAUCGCAUCUU